AUGUCGUUCUUCAACUCACUGAAGGGAUUGGGAAGAACAAGCAAAAAGAACAAGAGCUCGCCCACAAGGCCUCCUCAAACAUCGGUCAGCGGUUCUGUAUACGGGUCGCCGCAGGCGAACGGGUCGCGGAUGUCGGUGAGCAAGGCGAGGUCACCGACGCAGCGGUCUGUGGUGCAGGCAGCCGCAGCGGACAAGGUGGAAUCGCAGCAGGUGAUGUUCCUGAGCGAGCCGUUUGUGCGGACGGCGCUGGUGAAGGGCUCGUUCAAGACGAUUGUGCAGCUGCCCAAGUACGUUGAUGUGGGCGAGUGGAUCGCGCUGAAUAUCUUCGAGUUUUACACGAACCUGAACCAGUUCUAUGGUGUGAUCGCAGAAUACGUGACGGCGGAGGCGUACCCGACGAUGAAUGCGGGCCCACGGGUGGAGUACCUGUGGCUGGACGCGAACUCGAGACAGGUCGCGCUACCUGCGGGGCAGUAUAUCGACCUGGCCCUGACCUGGAUAAACAACAAAGUGAACGACAAGACGCUAUUUCCGACCAAGAGCGGGCUUCCAUUUGCGCAGCAUUUCAUCAGAGACAUGCAGCGGAUAAUGAUACAGAUGUUUCGGAUAUUUGCGCAUAUCUACCACCAUCACUUCGACAAGUUUGUGCAUCUGUCGCUGGAGGCGCACUGGAACUCUUUUUUUGCACACUUUGUUAGCUUUGCCAAGGAGUUCAAUCUGCUAGAUCGGAAAGAAAUGGCGCCGCUGGAACUGCUGAUCGAGAGUUUCGAACGGCAGGGCAAGAUUAUCUGA